AUUAUUGGCAAUAUAUAUAUUCUUCCAAUGUUUUGUCGGCAGCCUCAAGCCCCCCGUUUCCCUUUGAACCUGACGGAUAUGCCUUUAAGGCAAAGUCUCCAUUUUGCCAUCAAAUCCUUCUUUCCCUCCCGCCAAAAUAAACUGUCAAAUUUCCAUACCAAAACCUACAUAGUUCAACAGCUUCAAGCUUGUGAAGAUUCUGUUUCUCUAACCUCAGAACAUACCAGAGUUAUAAGGUCUGGAUUCUCAGGUGAUACCUUCACCGCCAACCAUCUCAUGAAUGGCUACGUCAGGCUUCGGAAAAUUGGCGAGGCCCAUCAAGUGUUUGAUGAAAUGCUUGACCGAAAUGUUGUGUCUUGGACUUCGCUCAUGGCCGGUUAUGUCGACACUGGUCAGCCUAGAGUAGCUCUCUGGCUGUUUGGGAGAAUGGCGUGGAGCUUGGUUGCUCCCAAUUCUUUCACCUUUGCGACUGUUGUUAACGCUUGUUCAAUGCUUGCUGACCUCACAACUGGGAAGCAAGUCCAUGCCCAGGUUGAGAUUUUUGGUUUCCAAUCAAACCUUGUGGUGUGCUCUUCUCUGAUUGACAUGUACGGUAAAUCCAAUGACGUCGAUGAAGCUCGCCUGGUCUUUAACUUAAUGGGGUGCAGAAAUGUUGUUUCUUGGACUUCAAUGAUCACGGCAUACUCACAGAAUGGACAAGGCUGUGAUGCCCUUGAACUAUUUAGAGAAUUUUACAUUUUGAGAUUGGGUUGCCCGAAUGAUUUUAUGCUGGCCAGUGUGCUCAAUGCUUGUGCAAGCUUAGGCAGGCUAGUGACCGGGAAAGUCACGCAUGGAGCUGUGAUUCGAGGCGGGCAUGAUUGGAAUGAUGUGGUGGCGACUGCACUUGUUGACAUGUAUGCAAAAUGUGGUUGCCUCGAUUAUUCCAACAAGGUGUUCUGCAAAAUUCAAAAUCCAUCCGUGAUUCCCUACACUUCAAUGAUUGUGGGAGCUGCAAAAUAUGGUCUAGGUAAAUUAUCCCUUGAACUCUUUCAAGAAAUGACUGAGAGGAGAAUAAGUCCCAAUGAUGUCACCUUUAUAGGAGUCCUUCAUGCUUGCAGCCAUUCGGGUCUUGUUGAUGAAGGUCUUGACUACUUGAACACCAUGUAUCACAAGCACAGCAUAGUUCCCAACACCAAGCAUUACACCUGUGUCGUUGAUAUGCUGGGCCGAACUGGAAGGCUUGACGAGGCUUACAACAUGGCUAAGUGCAUUCAAGUGAAAUCAGAUGACAGGGCUCUGUUGUGGGGAACACUUCUUUCAAAUAGUAGGCUUCAUGGGAGGGUAGACAUUGCCGUGGAAGCUAGCAAGUGGCUCAUCGAAUCAAACCAACAGGUUGCCGCUGCAUAUGUCACAAUGUCAAACACCUAUGCAUUGGCCGGAAGGUGGGAGAAUGUUCGCAGUAUUCGUUCUGAAAUGAAGCGCAAUGGAGUUUCUAAAGAACCGGGCUGUAGCUGGAUUGAGAUCAAGGAUCAUACUUACAUUUUCUACGCUGGAGAUGUGUCUUCUUGCCCCAAAGGAGAUGAAGUGGUGAGUUUGUUGAAAGAAUUGGAGGGGAGAAUGAAGGAACGGGGAUAUGUGGGAGGUAGUAUGGGGCUGGUGUUUGUUGACGUGGAAGAAGAAACCAGAGAGGAAAUAGUUGGUCUGCACAGUGAAAGACUGGCUCUGGGUUUUGGGCUAAUUAGCAUACCCAAGGGAGUGACUGUUAGAGUAAUGAAGAACUUGAGAAUGUGCAGGGACUGUCAUGAGGCUUUCAAGCUGAUUAGUGAGAUAGUGGGGAGAGAUUUUGUUGUUAGAGAUGUAAAUAGAUUUCAUCAUUUUAGAGGCGGUUCUUGCACUUGCAGGGACUUCUGGUGAUACAUUCGUGUGUUGGUAGUUGAUACCAUUAAUUGCAUAUCAUAUUUUAUACAUAGACACGUAUAUAUCUGAACACCUUUAGAUUUA